UCUCUCUCUCUCUCUGAAAUCGAUUGGAAGUGACUGGGACACUAGAGGAUAUCAGCAAUUUGCAGGUCUCAUGGAUUGGCUCUUCUGCUGUAGUGUCUGUCUCUUCAUAACUGAGUGACACCAAUUAGUCAUGAGUCAAUGCGCCUCAGACCUCCCUCCAAAACCCUGCACUCCUUCCACCAAGAGCAUAGCCUCUCAACGAUUCCAUCCAAAUCAAUCUACCCAGAUGGAGCCCCUGGGCCCCUUUACACCCAUCUCUUGCAAAUCUGUAUACAGCAGUGCAAGAAUAUCAAAACCCACAAAGUGUUCGAUGAAAUGCCUGAAAGGCUGCUGGCUCAAGCUUCAAGAACCUGCAAGACUGUCCAUGCCCAGAGCUUGAAAUUUGGAGUUGGGUCCAAAGGGUUUCUAGGAAAUGCCAUUGUUGGGUUUUAUGCCAAGUGUGGUAACGUGGGCUUUGCCGAGAAGGCAUUUAACUGCCUUGAAAACAAGGAUGUGUUUGCUUGGAACUCAGUUUUGUCAAUGUAUUCAAGUAAGGGAUUGUUGGAACAGGUUAUUAACUCAUUUGGUUCCAUGUGGAAUUGCAGGGUUUUACCAAAUGAAUUCACUUUCGCGAUGGUUUUGUCUGCUUGUUCAAGAUUGGUGGAUAUUAAGUAUGGUAGACAAGUUCAUUGUGGUGUUAUUAAGAUGGGGUUUGAGUUGAGUUCAUUUUGUGAAGGUGCACUUAUUGAUAUGUAUGCCAAGUGCAGUUGUUUAAGUGAUGCUCGACGGAUAUUUGAUGGAGUGAUGGAGUUGGAUACGGUUGCUUGGACAGCAAUGAUUUCAGGGUAUAUUCAAGUUGGUUUGCUUGAGGAGGCACUUAAAGUAUUCAAGGGGAUGCAGAGAGUUGGUGGUUUUCUGGACCAGGUGGCAUUUGUGACUGCCAUAAAUGCAUGCGUUGGUCUAGGAAGACUAGGUGAUGCAUGUGAAUUGUUUUCCCAGAUGCCCAGUCCAAAUGUUGUAGCAUGGAAUGUGAUGAUUUCUGGGCAUGCCAAGAGAGGCUAUGAGGAGGAAGCGGUUAACUUUUUCCUGAGAAUGAGGAAAGCUGGUGAAAAACCGUCAAGAUCCACACUAGGAAGUGUUUUAAGCGCAAUUGCUAGUUUAGCUGCUCUAGACUCUGGCUUGCUAGUUCAUGCUAUGGCAAUAAAACAAGGGUUAGAUUCUAACUUUUAUGUUGGCAGUUCAUUAAUCAAUAUGUAUGCCAAAUGUGAGAAAAUUGAUGCUGCAAAGAAAACAUUUGAUUAUCUAUCAGAGAAAAAUGUUGUCUUGUGGAAUACGGUGCUUGGGGGUUAUGCACAGAAUGGGCAUGCCUGUGAAGUCAUAGAUUUGUUUUCCAAUAUGAAGGAAUGUGGUCUUCACCCUGAUGAAUUUACCUAUACUAGCAUUCUUAGUGCCUGUGCUUCCUUGGAAUAUCUAGAAAUGGGUUGCCAGUUACAUUCACAUAUCAUCAAGAACCAAUUUGCAUCAAAUUUAUAUGUGGGAAAUGCAUUGGUUGAUAUGUAUGCUAAAUCAGGGGCUCUGAAGGAAGCAAGGAAACAAUUUGAGCUCAUAAAAAAUAGAGACAAUAUUUCUUGGAAUGCAAUUAUAGUUGGGUAUGUACAGGAAGAAGACGAGGAUGAGGCUUUUAAUAUGUUCCGAAGAAUGAAUUCACAUGGAAUUAUGCCUGAUGAAGUGUCCUUGGCCAGUAUACUAAGUGCUUGUGCAAAUGUUCAAGCACUGGAGAUGGGAAAACAAGUCCAUUGUCUCUCAGUUAAAAAUGGUCUGGAAACGAGCCUUUAUUCUGGGAGCUCCCUUAUUGACAUGUAUUCCAAAUGUGGGGUCAUUGGGGAUGCGCAUAAAGCUCUUUAUUAUAUGCCCCACCGGAGUGUGGUCUCCAUGAAUGCUCUAAUUGCUGGGUUUGCUCAUACCAACUUGGAAGAAGCAGUGAACUUGUUUCGUGAGAUACAUGAAGUAGGAUUGAACCCGACUGAAAUAACUUUUUCAAGCCUUUUAGAUGCUUGUAGUGGACCUGUAAUGUUAACACUGGGAAGGCAAAUCCACUGCAUAGUACUAAAGAAAGGGCUUUUGUAUGAUGGCGACUUCUUGGGUGUCUCUCUCUUGGGUAUGUACAUAAAUUCCCAAAGCAAAAUAGAUGCAACCAUUCUUUUCUCAGAGUUCCCAAAGCCAAAAAGCAAAGUAUUAUGGACCGCUAUGAUUUCAGGACUCAGUCAAAAUGAUUGUAGCGAUGAAGCGCUACAGUUGUAUCAAGAAAUGCGUAGUGAUAAUGCCCUACCCGACCAAGCAACAUUUGCUAGUGUUCUUCGAGCAUGUGCUGUCAUGUCUUCUUUGAAAAAUGGUAGAGAGAUCCAUUCCCUCAUUUUUCAUACUGGUUUUGAUCUGGAUGAGUUAACAUGUAGUGCCCUCGUAGACAUGUAUGCUAAAUGUGGGGAUGUGAGAAGUUCUGUGAAAGUUUUUGAAGAAAUGGGUGCUAAAAAUGGUGUCAUUUCUUGGAACUCAAUGAUAGUUGGAUUUGCUAAAAAUGGUUAUGCAGAAUGUGCAUUGAAGAUCUUUGAUGAGAUGAGACAAUCUCUUGUUUUGCCUGACGACGUCACAUUCCUCGGUGUUCUCACUGCAUGUAGUCAUGCAGGGAAGGUAACUGAAGGCCGUCAGAUAUAUGAUUCUAUGGUUAAUGAGUAUAAUAUCCAACCCAGGUUUGAUCAUGUUGCCUGCAUGGUUGAUCUUCUAGGCCGAUGGGGAUUCCUUAAAGAAGCAGAGGAAUUUAUUGACAAACUAGGUUUUGAUCCAAAUGCUAUGAUUUGGGCUACAUUACUUGGUGCUUGCAGAUUACAUGGAGAUGACAUAAGGGGACAACGUGCGGCUGAGAAACUAAUUCAGUUAGAACCGCAAAAUUCUUCACCAUAUGUCUUGCUUUCUAAUAUACAUGCUGCAUCAGGAAACUGGAAUGAGGCUAGCUCUUUGAGGAGAGCAAUGAAAGAAAAAGGAGUGACAAAGGUUCCCGGAUGUAGUUGGAUUGUGGUGGGACAAAGAACAAAUUUGUUUGUUGCAGGUGAUAAGUCUCAUCCAAAUGCUGGUGAAAUCAUUGCAACUUUAAAGUAUUUGACAGCAAUCAUGAAAGAAGAGGGCUAUGUUGAUGACACAUAUUCUUUCUUGGAUGAAGAAGAGUGAAGUACCUAUGGUAUUGACUAUUGAGGCCAAGUCAUACUGUUAUUAGUAUCCAUGCUACGUCCAAAGGCCUCUCUCUCAGCAAGAUUUGCAAAGUAAAACCAGAAUUACUAUCCCAUCAGUAUUUUGCAACUCUGCUCCGGACUUCCCUAUGUGAUCUUGCCAAGUGAAGCAAGAUUGAUAGUUUGUAGAAAGGUUGCUUUUUAUUCUGAAUGCUUUUUUAUAUCCAGAAAGAAAAUUAUUCUUGAGAAUGUUUCUCUAUUUUUGGAGGUGACUUUUAAAGAUAUUUGCCGCUGGAGUGGGAUGCUCAUGCACCAUACUACAAAUUCAGAUUAUACUUGUGGGGAAUGGG